GAUAAUUCCGCGGUCACACUGGUCACAGUACAAGACGCCAAUUUUUGCUUACAAAUUCUAAUUUUGACAAGUUUUCCUUGAAAAUGGGUAAAGAAAAGAGCGGAAAAUCGUUCAGCAUUGGAGAUCUGGUGUUCGCCAAGGUAAAGGGCUAUCCAGCAUGGCCGGCCAAGAUCACAAAGUAUAUCAACAAAAAGUACAAUGUUUACUUUUACGGCACGGGAGAGACCGCCAAUAUAAAAAUAGAGGAUCUCUUUCCCUACGUGGGCAACAAGGAGAAGUUCGCCACCGACAAGAACAUGAAGCGGGCCAAGUUUAGCGAGGCCAUUGAUCAAAUUGAGAGCGCCCUCAAGGGAGAGGAUUCGGCCCCAAUCGAUUUAUCAAGCGCCGAAAAUGGCGGGGCCGAAGAGCAGACCGCAGCCCCCGCAACGCCCGCCCAGUCCAAGAACGCAGCACAAAUGGAAGCUUCGCCAACUGUGGAGGCGCCCGAUACUCCAGCUGCAGAUGCACCGGUCGCCGAGAACACCAACACCCAGAAGAAAGCCGCUGGCGCACGCAGGUCAAAGGCAGCCCCGAAGCAUGUGGACGGCGACUCUGAGGAGGCUGGCACUGAUUCCGCUGACGGACCCCCGCCGCAAAAGCGGCGCGUGCCACCGGAAGGCAUAGCGGCGGCAGCCACCCCGCCCGCAGCAGCCAACGCCAACAUAGGCAAGAAGUCAGUGAAGAAGUCGAAGCCAACCGCCGCCGUGACACCCAUACAGAAGCGAUCGCGCCCAGCAAAUAACAAAGAGAAUGACCUGUUGAUGGUCUACAUGCCGACAGCCAGGUGCCUGGGCAUCGACAUCAACUACAACAAGCCGGAGAGAUUUGAGAACGCUGCCGCGGAGGAGUCGUGGAUCGAGAAGUCGCGCAGGGAGGCCAAAGAUCUGAAGCUGAAGCUGGAGUCGGGUCAGCUCGAUCCCGACACGAUGCCCGGUCGCAUCAUCAUUGAGCCGUCGCGCAAUGAGAUACCCAAGCAGGAGGCCGCACGUUUCAUUGAGGAGAUCAUCGAGCACGAGGACGCUUUGUUCAUGGAGCGCGACUUUAUACAGAUUUCGCAGCAGCUGCGCGAGUGCCUGGGCCUGCGGCGCGCCAAUGUGGGCAAGUGUCUGGAGCUGCUCGAUCAGUUCAAGGAGAUCGAGCUGACCAAGCUGAUGCUGCUGCGCAAUCCCGAGUGCGUGGACAUAAUGCGACGACUGCGCAGAUAUGUUGGCAAUCUGGAGCUCUGGAAGAUGGACGAAUCUGACGAGAUUGAGUUCAAGGAGAAGGCCAAGAUUAUACGCAAGGUGUCCACCAGCAUCUACGAGGGCUUCAAGAAAUUAUUCAACUCAACCUCCGAGGAGGACAACUUCUGGAUCGAGUUCUGCGAGAAGGUCAAGAUCUACAAGAGCUACACAAAAAACGUGCACGAGAACAUUCGCAUCUCGCUGAACGAGCGCGGCUACGGCAGUCUCGUGCAGGCCAAGCAAGGCAACAGCGCAGCAAACGCUAAAAAGGAAUAAACAAAAUACAGUAUAAUGUUUUAAGCGUCAGUUACUAAUCCAACGAUACGAUAUAAGCCACCCCCUUCGCGCCCUUUGGCAAUACCACAAACAAUGUGUGGGCCUGUGUGUAUUGGCACACUUAUUGAAGUUUCUUUUUAGUUACUCCUAAGCAUAGAACCACCAGCACAAUUGAGCCCUCAGCUCAAGA